AUGAACACCCACCGACUCCCUUCAUCGCCGCAUUCCUCGAAAAUUGCUUUUCUAAGCACUCCUGUACCAUUCCUACCACUGCAACGUUCAAGGUUUCCGCACCUCUCCUCCAAGCGAAUUCUGGUGCCCAUCAGACGCCCACCUCGCCGCUGUAGUGCAGUAAACAAGCCUAACUGGACCGCAAGGAUUCAUGAUACUCCUCCUGACUUUGAUUCUCAAUUGUCCUCGGCAGAAUCAGGCGUUGCGGGGUGGUUGAUCAACAUCUCUGUUGCGAUUUUGCCAAUGGCCAAAUACUACGGCUGGUCACAAACAACGGUUGGUGUUAUUCAGUCAGCCUUCUUCUGGGGCUACGUUCUUACUCAGAUUCCUGGCGGUUAUCUUGCGGACAAGUAUGGCGGAAAACAAGUUCUAGCAGCUGGUGUGGUCGUGUGGUCCGCCAUGACAAUUCUAACUCCUCUCGCCGCGUCGACCAACCUUGGAGUUUUGCUUUUAGCUCGAGCGCUUCUUGGAGUUGGAGAGGGAGUAGCCAUGCCGGCUAUGAACAACAUGAUAUCUAAGUGGGUUCCGGAAACGGAACGUUCGAGGUCUCUCUCCCUAACUUACAGCGGAAUGUACCUGGGAUCCGUUGUUGGCUUGUUGCUGUGCCCUGCGUUUAUCGUUUCUUUUGGAUGGCAAAGUGUUUUCUACUUCUUCGGGGCCCUGGGUUUCUUCUGGUGGGCAGCAUGGCAGUUUUGGACAAAGUCAACACCGGAGCUUUCAACCACGAUGUCAGAAAAAGAGAGAGCUUAUAUCAACUCAAAAAUGCGGGCAGGCGCUGCUAACAAGUCAAGCCUGCCAACUUCGGUACCAUGGAAAUUACUGUUUAGCAAGAAGGCAACAUGGGGAAUUAUAAUCGCCCACUUCUGUGCCACAUGGGGUUAUUUUGUGCUUCUCAUCUGGCUUCCAACAUACUUCAAUCAGCAACUAGGAUUUGACCUUGCGGCUUCUUCUUUCUUGUCGGUCAUGCCGUGGUUAGCAAUGUUCGUUUCUGCAAACGCCGGUGGUUUCAUUGCAGAUGCGAUGCGUGCUCGUAACAUAUCAAUUACUACUGUCAGAAAGACAAUGCAAUCCAUCGGUUUUCUUGGUCCGGCUGCUUUCCUCGCCCUUGUCUCGACCACAACUGAUCCUGCAAUGGCAGUAACAUAUAUGACGACCGCCCUGGCUCUUGGCUCCUUUUCUCAAAGUGGCGUGUAUGCCAACCACCAAGAUAUCGGCCCGGCCUUUUCAGGAAUAUUGCUUGGCAUUAGCAACACCGGCGCUGCUAUCCCUGGCAUUGUUGGCGUCGCACUUACAGGCUACAUCCUGGACACGACCGGUUCUUGGUCGCUUGUUUUUGGGAUUGCAAUUUUCUUUUACCUCUUUGGUACCGUGGCUUACAAUGCUCUGGGUACUGGUGAGCGGGUGUUUUGA